CACUUCGAGUUGAUACGCUAUAGCAGACGCAGGGCCGAAUAAUUUUAAAUUUCCUUAGUCAUUGCUUAUUGUUGAUUGUUGAAAAUUGAAUAUCUUAGUUAAACUUCGUUCGUUUAUUUUUUUUUUACUCUCUAAAAAUAUCAAAAAAUUACUCAUAACUAUGUCUGGAGGCUACGACAGAGCGAUCACUGUAUUCUCGCCGGACGGCCAUCUUUUGCAAGUCGAGUACGCGCAAGAAGCGGUACGUAAAGGAUGCACAGCCAUCGGUGUCCUGGGCAAAGACUGCGUUGUACUUGGUGUUGAGAAGAAGUCCAUAGCCAUGCUUCAGGAAGAACGUACUGUGCGCAAGAUUUGCCCACUGGAUUCGCACAUAGUAAUGGCAUUUGCUGGACUGACGGCCGACGCGCGUGUAAUCAUCAACCGAGCACAGAUGGAAUGUCAGUCACAGUACCUUACUCUCGGCGAAACUGUAACGACUGAAUAUAUCACACGCUUCGUGGCAUCCAUCAAGCAGAAAUACACACAGAGCAACGGUCGCCGUCCGUUUGGCAUAUCAUGUCUGAUCGCUGGUUUCAACAACAACGGCACACCUCAUCUGUUCCAGACAGAACCGUCUGGUAUCUACUACGAGUGGAAGGCAAAUGCCACUGGAAGAAAUUCAAAAUUGGUCAAAGAAUUCUUACAGGAUAACUAUAAUGAUGAAGCUGUAAGUACUGAACAGGGAACUAUCAAAUUGGCAGUCAGAGCAUUACUGGAAGUAGUGCAAUCUGGUCAAAAAAACAUUGAAUUGGUGGUGUUAAAAAAUAAUGAAAAAAUGAAGAUGUUAGACCCAGCAUCUCUUGAAGAAAUGGUAAACGUUAUAGAAGCUGAAAAAGAAGCUUUGGAGAAAGAAAAAAACAAACAAAAAGAUAAACAAUAACAUUUUUUUAAUUAUUAUGUCCAGGGAAUAUGAAUAAAAUCUAAUUUGAAUAAAA